AUGACCAAUAUCUAUACCCUCUUUCACGCCCACACCCCUUUCGAUCCACAUCACCGCUUCUCCACCUCCUGGCUCCUCUCACCCCUCUCGUUGGCCCUCACCCGCCUCCUCAUAGCUAUCUACGGCAUCAUCGGUAUAGUCAUCAAGCUCGCCAUCGCCAAAGACGAGUCCGCAGGGGCAUCCCUCUCGUACUUCAGCAACAUUACAUGGUGGGGGUUGACCUUCUACUUCCUUUUCGCUGGACUACACUCCGCCUCCUACGCCGUGCGCGGACAAGCUUGGCUAGGGCAGUGGCCCGCGUUGUUUCAACUGCUGCAUGGGUUGCUGUACUCCACGAUUGUGACAUUUCCCUUGUUGGUGACGACGGUGUUUUGGGCUGUCCAAUUCCGAUCGGAGAAGUUCGAUAGCCGCUUCGAUACGUGGUCGAAUAUUACACGGCAUGCACUGAAUUCGGUAUUUGCGCUGUUCGAGAUAGUGGUGCCGCGGACGGAGAUGCCCCCGUGGAUUCACUUGCCUUGCGUCCUGCUUCUGCUUGGAGGAUAUGCUUGCAUCGCAUACAUUACCUACGAAACCGAGGACUUCUAUACGUAUGGCUUUCUCGAUUCGAGCAAGUUCUCUGCUGGGGCGCUAGCUGGCCACUUGAUUGGUAUCGGUGCCGGAUGUGGUGGGUUCUUUGUCCUCGUGCGCCUGGCGAUAUACGCACGGCUUUUGCUUGUGGAAAAAAAGCUGGGAAAACACGGAAAGCGUUCAAAAAGAGAUUCCGAGGUCGCCACUAGACCGUGGAUUGAAAUGGAGGUACAAGAGCGCAGAGUUGAAGAAUCGAAGGAGUAA